AUGUAUGAUUUUUACUGUAUUUAUUUCUUUAAUUUAAAUGUUUGGGGAAUAUAGAGUUAAGAAAAACCUGUUAAAACGAUCUAAAAACCCGUCUAAUAUUCCUGACGAAGCUAUGUAAACCGCCAUUAUUAUACCCUACAACAAAUUUUAGAGAGGGAAACUUGCAGCACAUAGGCACAAAUCAUGAGUCGCAAAGAAGCUUUGUCUCAGUUCAUUCAGCAGAUUCAUGGGCGACCAGUGGUAGUGAAAUUGAACAGUGGAGUUGAUUAUCGAGGUGUGUUGGCCUGCCUAGACGGCUACAUGAACAUUGCGCUGGAACAGACAGAAGAGUAUGUCAAUGGCCAGCUCAAGAACAAAUACGGUGACGCUUUCAUUCGAGGGAACAAUGUCCUGUACAUCAGCACUCAGAAGAGGAGAGGAGCAUAACUUUUUAUAAUUUUGUACUUUAUAUUAAUUUGUAAACUUAUCUGUAUUCCUAUAUAAUAUGUAAGUAAUAAAAACUUGUUUUAUUAUA